AUGCGUAUUUUUUUCACUGCAGUGUCUUCAUUGAAAUUCUUGUCCAACACACGGUGUAUUUUUGUUUUUGCACGUUCAUACACCCGAGUAAAAAACCGUCUCUUUACCUUAACCAUUCAGUUUAAGGAUAUAAAAAAUGAUUGUUAAUAAGAUAGUAGUACUAUUUUUGGCAAGUAAGGCACAUGAACUAAUGCAACAAGAUGUCAAAGUGGUGUUUUGCUUCCCAAACUUAAGAGUUCAAAAUUUGUAAUUGUAAGCGAUGAUGGGAAAGCUAAAGGUGUAUGCGGAUCAAAUGUCCCAGCCUUCUCGAGCAGUUCUCAUAUUCUGCAGGUUUAACGGAAUUGACUUUGAGGAGAUUAAAGUUGACAUUUCCAAACGCCACCACCUUUCUCCUGAAUUUAGAGAAAUCAACCCUCUGCAGAAAGUUCCGGCUAUAGUUCAUGGAAGCUUCAAUCUCUCCGAGAGCCAUGCAAUCCUUGUCUAUCUUGCUUCUGCUUUUCCUGGAAUUGCUGACCACUGGUAUCCAAGCAAUCUUUUCAGGAGAGCCAAAAUUAACUCAGUAAUGGAUUGGCAUCACUCUAAUUUACAACACGGAGCAGCGAACUAUGUAAUAAAUACUGUACUAGGACCGGCAACUGGCCGUCCACUUAGUCCAAAAGCAGCUGCUGAAGCUGAGAAAGUUCUAUUAUCUUCUUUAUCAAAACUAGAGAAUAUUUGGCUCAAUGGAGAUGGACACUUCCUGCUUGGUGUCUCUCAGCCAUCUAUAGCAUAUCUCAGCAUGGUUUGUGAACUCAUGCAACUUGAGGUUUUGGAUGAGAAGGAUCACAGUCGUAUAUUAUCACCAUACAAGAAAGUUCUUCAGUGGAUUGAGGAUACGAGAACUGCAACAAAUCCUCACUUUGAAGAAGUGCAUAAUAUCCUUUAUAGAGCUAAAAAGAAAUUUGAACAGCAGCGUUCAAGGGUAGCUGAAACUGGGACUGAGCCUAGCAACAAGAUGGGGGGGCAUUCAAAGAUGUGAAAGCUAUGCCUUUAUCUUUGCUGCUAGACUGACAACAUAAUCAUAGUCAUAGCCUUUUCUUUCAUCAGGCUUGAGCCUUGGGUUUCUGGCUUUGCUUUGUUGGCUUUAAUAGCUUUAUAUCUUCCUAUAAAGACACAAAUGCUAGACCACCAUGCUCAAUUGUUGAGUAAUUCACACGCCCAUAAGAAGAUUUUGACAGUGAAGUAAUGUUGCUGUACAUGGCAACUGCAUAUCCUGCUUCUAUCUUUUCUCAACCAAAUGGGCCAACAAUUGUGUAUGUUCAUUUUGUAAAUGGUGUUGGUGCUUUGUACUUGGAGGUGAUCUAUUAUUCACAUUUAAAGAAGAAAAAAAACUACUAAUUUGUCUGUGUCAAACAUUGAAUUAAGUCUAAAUAUUUGAAAUGAUAUAUCUUUGCAUGUGGCAAAUUGAGA